AUGAUAGGGUUUAUUCUUGUCUUGUUAUGUCUCGUAGGCAGUCAAACACCGAGUGGUCGGGGACUUUAUUUCGCCAAAGUAACAGAUGCUGAAUCAAAUGCAUCAUUCACUGCUUAUUAUGGCUGGCAAGGUUAUUGCAUUCAAGAAGCUGACAUCACUUGUUACAGUGAUCGUAGUGUGAUGAUUGUGCCUUUUGAUGUCUCGAUUGUAAGCCAACUCAACACAACCUAUCCUCGUCUUUUUCAAGACAAGAUCGAACAAGACACAGACUUAAACCCAGGAGCAGCACCGAAUCCACCUCACGAUCCUAAGAUUUACCCAGCAGCCGUAUUAUGUCUUUUAUGUUCUGCCACUUUACUUGUGUUCUGCAUCUUACGAGUGACUGUACCUCAUCGAUACCGAGAUGAACACUAUACACGAGGAUUCUUGGCAUGGGGAUCUGCCUUACUUGCCUUACUUUUACUGAUCUUAUCUUCUACCAUGUAUCAGAAUGCUAUUGACCAACUGAACCGAGCUUAUCCUCAUUUAAUAGCCAGCCAAGGACCUGGUAUGACCAUGAUUGGCUGUGCUUUUGCUUCUUUUGCUUUAGCAGGCUACUUUUUAUUAAGAGGAUGUAUGAGUUUAGAAUCAAAUCAUCCUGAAGGCUACAGUCCUAUUUAA